AUGUUCUAUUCCGAGACCCUCUUGUCGAAAACCGGGCCGUUGGCUCGCGUUUGGUUGUCUGCCAACUUGGAGCGCAAGCUUUCCAAGUCGCAUAUCUUGCAGUCCGAUAUCGAAAGUAGUGUCAGCGCUAUUGUUGAUCAGGGUCAGGCCCCUAUGGCUUUGCGUUUGAGCGGUCAGUUGCUGUUGGGUGUCGUCCGUAUCUACAGUCGAAAGGCGCGUUACCUAUUGGACGACUGCAAUGAAGCGUUGAUGAAGAUCAAGAUGGCCUUCCGUCUCACAAACAACAAUGACUUAACAACUACCGUCGUCGCGCCGGGUGGUAUCACUCUGCCCGACGUGCUCACCGAAUCCGACCUUUUCAUGAACUUGGAUUCGUCCCUGCUUAUGCCCCAAUCUCUGAACCUUGAACUGGACGGUAAACGACCUGCUGCGCUGGAUUUUGGCAGCCAACUCCUUCCCGACAGCAGCUUCCGCCGCUCUGUCUCCCAAGAGCCCGCGCAACUCGAGGACCACACUUUGGUUGACCUGGAUCUGGGAGACCCCUUGGGCCAUGACAUGAGUGUCGAAAUGGGUCGAGAUGCUCCUGCGCCACGGCCGAUGGAAGAGGAUAUGUUCAGCGAUAGCGGAAAGUUCAACGAUGUUGACCUCGACCUCGACCUCGGUGAGGAUGGUGCUCCCUUGAAGAUGGAUGUUGACCACAACGAGCCUCAGGACGGGCCCCAGGAUUCUUUGCUGGGUGACGCCAUGGAUAUGGGGGAUGAUGGCCUCCCCCUUCCGACGGAGGAACACGGGUUCGACCAUGACACUAGUGAUGAUAAUCUAAGCGAAGUUUCUGAUGCAGAGGUUGAAAAGCUCAACCCCGAUCGCGAGGAAGAACCUGCCCACGAACCGGCAGCGGCUGAUGCGGAAGAAGGUGACGACGAUGUUACUGUUCAGCACGCACAGCGCGCGAAGCGACGCAAGGUGGUUCUCAUGGAUCUGGAUGAUCUGACUAAGGGAGUCGAAUAUAAGACCGGGGAGAUGAAACAAUUGUCAGCGAAGCGCACCGAAAUCAUGCAAUCUGCGUCUUUCUUACCUCGUGAUCCCGUCCUUUUGACCCUUAUGACCAUGCAGCAGAAUGGCGACUUCGUGUCGCAGGCGCUGGGCACAAGCCGUGGCCGCGGAUGGGCCCCGGAGAUCCGUGAUUUGCUCUCUCUCGAGUCUAUCAAGAAGUCUGGCGAGCUGAAGCGCAAGCGGGACAGCGGAAUUGCCGACAUGGACGUCGAAGAAGCCACCGCUCCAGCACUCGACCUGGGCGAAGAGGAAACCAUUGUUCAUUUUGAUGAGGGCGUUGGUCUUGACGCGGGUGUGGGUCAGUCUUCCGAGAUCGAUUUCCCUGGCGACGAAGGGGACCAGGCGGUGCACCCAAGUGAUGACGAGGAGACGCACCAGCCCCUGGAAGAUCACGACGAAACAAUUCAAGCGGCGGACAGCGGGCCUGUUGCCAUUGGGACGAAACAUGCAGUUCACAUCCUCCGUGACUGUUUGGGUGAGUCUGCCGCGGAACAGAAGAAGACGGUGAAGUUCCAGGAUCUACUCCCGGAGAAGCAGGCGUCUAAGGCGGAUGCUACCAAGAUGUUCUUCGAGGUCCUCGUGUUGGCCACCAAGGACGCUGUCCAGGUUGAACAGCGACCUGAUACUGUCGGAGGACCUCUUAAGAUUCGCGGCAAGCGUGCUCUUUGGGGGUCUUGGGCCGAAGAGAGUGCCAAUGGCGAGGCUGCCAGCCAGCCGAUGCAGGUGACCGCGUAA